GCCGUUGAUGGAGAAGGGGGCGGAUGACAGCCGGGACGGUGGUGAUCACCGGCGGCAUCUUGGCGACUGUGAUUCUGCUCUGCAUCAUCGCGGUCCUGUGCUACUGCCGGCUCCAGUACUACUGCUGCAAGAAGGACGGGUCCGAGGAGGACGAGGAGGAGCCGGACUUCGAGGCGCACUCGCACCUGCCGCCGCUGCACUCCAACCGCAACCUGGUGCUGACCAACGGCCCCGCGCUCUACCCGGCCGCCUCCACCUCCUUCAGCCAGCGGUCCCCGCAGGCCCGCGCCCUCUGCCGCAGCUGCUCCUACCGGGAGCCGCCCGCCUUCUUCCUGCAGGAGCCGGAGGACGAGGACGACGUGCUCAACGGCGGCGAGCGCGUGGUCUACAAGAGCCUCAGCCAGGAGGACGUGGGGCCGCCCCCCGGGGGCUUCGGAGGCCUGCAGGCGCUGAACCCCAACCGCCUCUCGGCCAUGCGGGAGGCCUUCUCGCGGAGCCGCAGCGUCAGCACCGACGUGUGACCGGCACCCACGGCGCCAGGGCACCCUGAGACCAUGGCGGGGUUCCGUGGCGCACCAGCCCGGCCCUGGGCCGGCGCCUGCUGCCCUGUCCUCAGGCUGGCCCAGGCUUGGGAGCCCCCAGGCCCCCCACAGGGAUAAGGCUCACUGGGUGUGGGCCUGUCCUGCAGGGGUAGGGCCAGCUGGGGCCAGGGGCUGGGAGGGACA